AUGUACUUAUGUGGGAUAAUUACGCAAAUCAUUGUUAUUUCAGUUCCAAAUACAUCAUUUGAGUUUAGACUAACUAAUAUUAAAUACUUAAAUAAGCCCAUAUUUACUAAUAGCCUAAAGGCUGAUGAAUUUGAAGAGAAAUUUAUCAAGGGUAGCGGACCUGGAGGUCAAAAAAUAAACAAAUCUAGUUCAUGUGUGCAACUUAUACAUAAAAAGUACCCUUUGGUGGUGAAAUGCCAACAAACAAGAAAUUUGCAGGAAAACCGCAUUAUAGCCAGAGAGAUUCUACAAAAAAAAAUUUUUUCAAUUGAAAAGGAGGAGAAGAUGGUCGGUAUAAAUUUAUCUUUGAAGGAACAACGAAGAAUAUUGAAGCUGAGUGAUGCUGAGAAGGAAAGGAAGAAAAGAGAUAAACAGCAUAGGUCAGAGAUUAAAAGGUCUAGAUCAAUUAGUAACAUCGAAUGA